CACUCGUGCCCCCCUCAUCUCUGCGUGCACGACUCUCUCCUCCGCAGUGCACUGCUGGACAGCGCUGAGCGCGGAGUACAGGACAGCACCGGACAGUUAGCGCGUCCCUACAGUCCUAAAGUCCCAAACACGAGAGCAGCAGCAGCAGCCACAUGGAGCUAAUAUGAACUGUCGGAGGGCUGGUCUUCACUUCACGACUCACACUCACAGAUUCACAGUUUGAGAGGGAAGGGACGUUUCAGACAUGGACACCUUGGUGUGGAUCUUGAUUUGCGGAGCGCUGGGGCUGGUGUUUGGCUCUAAGCUGGAGCGGGCCAUAGACGAGGAGUGUGAGUCGGGCAAUUACACUCAUGACGGGGAGUGCUGUUUACAGUGUCCUCCAGGAGAGGGAGUGGUCAAGGAGUGCGGGGCAACCCAGACUGAAUGCAGUCAGUGCUUAGACAGCGAGACGUACUCUGAGACGUUCAGUCACACAGAGAAGUGUCAGACGUGUAGAGAGUGCACGGGUCUCAUGCGCAUGCAGACCCCCUGCACCGACUCGAACGACGCUGUGUGUGUGUGCAACUACGGCUUCUUCAUGGACGAUCUGACGCACCAGUGCGAGCCGUGCACCGUGUGUCCACGAGGACAUGGUGUGCUGAUACGCUGCGAGCACACCCACGACACACUCUGCGAGGAGUGUCUGGACGACACCUACUCUGACCGGGAGAGCACGCUGGACCCCUGCCUGCCCUGCACCAUCUGUGAGGAGGGGAUAGAGAUUCUCAUGAGGAACUGCACGCCCUACGAAGAUGCAUGGUGUCACGAUCCAUUGAGUCCUACCUAUCCCGCUUCCACUAGUGAUUCCAGCUCAUUCGUCACUGAUCCGAACCGUUUGUGGAGCCCCAACCCCGGAGGGGACGCCACCACGCCCAAACCCAGCUCCCCUCAUUUCAUUGGCAGAGGGCUGAACGAGAACCUGAUUCCCAUCUACUGCCCCAUCCUUGCAGCGGUCGUAGUCGGUCUCCUGGCUUACAUCAUUUUCAAGAGGUGGAACAGCUGCAAGCAGAAUAAACAGGCAGCUAAUAAUCGCGAGGCCACAGCCAAUCAGACACCAUCUCCAGAGGGAGAGAAGCUGCACAGCGACAGCGGCAUCUCAGUGGACAGCCAGAGCCUGCAGGAGCAGCAAGCGCAGACGCAGACGCAGGCGCAGGCCCACACACAGCUGCAUGCAGCAGAGCAAAUCGUGGUGAGAGUGGAUGGAGGGGCUCAGCCUGACUCCCCCCCACCUCAGGCCUAACCAGUGAGGAAGAGGGUGCUAUGUUAUCAAAAUAACAAUAAAGAGAGGAUGAGAGGUUGGAGUGAAGGAAACAAGGAAGCAGAUAGAGGAGAAAGGAGGAGCGAAGCCAUGAUGGCCAUCCAGCAAGGGACGCAGAGACAAGAUCUUUGAUUCUUUUGAACCCAGCACGGAUGAUUUGUUGAUGAGCUGGUUCAACAGCACCAAUGGAUCCACAUCAACGAUCAGACUCACUGGCUUUAAACAGCUACUUCUAAAUAAACAAAAGCCUAUUAAGAAAGUUCACCAUAAUGUAUACUGAAACCCACCACAAACUCUGAUGAAUGUUUAGCAUAUACUGGGUUUCUCAGAUGUAUAAUUGGCCCUUGUGACACAAACUCUGGACAUCCCGGGCUUCACAAGAGGACGCCAAGAGACACAUUCACUGGCUUCACGGAUAUCGCGCAAUUUAGCAGCCACACCAUGGUUCCUCCUCCUGGAGCCUUCUGCCUGAUCUAAUAAGGAUUUCGUUUUUGCCUUAUCUUUGAAGUAUUAAUAGAUUUUGUCUAUAACAUCAAGGCCCUUUAUUCAAUCAGAAUUGUACACAUUUUCAGGUGUGUGUUAAAACUUUGGGGGUUGUAUGCAGUUAAAGCAGAACUACCAGUCUCCGUCUGCUUUCAAAGCAGCUGAUCGCAGGUCAGCAUUUAUGGGCAACAACUCACGACUGUGACAUUUUCUGACCUUUAAUAAUGUAAUGACUCAGAUCUAUACUUAGCUCGCCUUCCUUUUUCUCUCUUUCACAACCUUUUUUCUCUAUAAAACACACACAUAGCGUGUCAUAUUCCCUGCCUUCCUCUAGUUACUGCAGCUUAGGUUUCAUGCCUAGAUCUUCUCGCCUUACCUCUUCAGAAAUCUGAGUCACAGUGCAAAGAGAAACCAGGAUUCAAAGAGCUACACAACUAUUUUCAUGCCAUCAUGCACUCCUAGAAGUAACCACCAUGUUUAUGUCCUACCAUUAAUUCAGGUUUGUUAGGGAUUUGGUUCAAAUUCAAUUUAGCAGCACAUGUUUGGUAAUGACCCAGUAAUGAUUCUUUGAGUACUUCUGAGCAAACCUUAUCGACCACCUCAAUAAUUCGUCUUAACUAUUUAGUAAACACAAAUUAUACUAUUUUGCUAAUAUUAAGAUACUUCAGAACUUCAAAUGUUGUCAUAUGAAUAACCAAUAACUACACUAACUUAAGUCUCACAAGCCUUAAACUAAAAAAAAUUAAAAAGACUCUACAAUCAAUGAUUUUUACUGUAGCUCUUGAUGAAUCAUCUGUCUCGGUUUUCUUCAUCUUUUAUUGCCCCAUUUGCUCUUUCUUUCUUUCUCAUUCUUUGUCUUGGUUACAUGAUUCAUUCCAUGAAUGCUGAUGCAGAUUUAGAUGCUAUAAUGUGGUUUGAAUUACUCAACCAUCUCAGCAGUCAUGAGCUUGAGAGCUGGUUUAAGGAUGCUUCACUGACCUGGACAAAGAGGCAAUAAAAUGUUCCUUAACAUUAUUAUAUAAGCUUUAAGGUAAAUCGAAAAGGUUUAACCUAACAAACGAGUUAACAAAAAACAGAACAACUAAAAAUAGUCUUUGCUUCCUGUUUUCUAUCCAUCCAAUAAAUAUUGCAUCCAUAAAUAGACAUUAGGAACUUGACACAGAUAUUCCAUAGCGUAGCCACACACGCAAUAUAUAAUGGACUGUCUUUCGUUGCAUUUCUAAUGCCCUCACUGUCAGGCUAUGGAAUAAACAUGAAAGGCAUUAGUGAGACAUUCCUGUCAGGCAGGUCGUAAUUAGCCCUGAAGCUUUUCGUUUUUCUUCCCCACAGUCAGUACACUCUCCCGGGGAUCCACACUGCUCAGAUUCACUUCCCUGGAGCUAUGCCUCUCCAUUCUGGGACUCAGCAUCCAACUUUUCUGCUCUCAGCUCCACUAAUAUUCCCACACUCUUAAAAAUAAUGUCUUCCAAAAGAUGUUUCACAGUAAUGCAACUGAAGAAUGAUUUUGGCUUCCCCAAAGAACCUUUUAGUGUUACGAAAACUCUAAAUAAAAAAAAAAACCUUUCCCCCUUAAAAGACUUUUAAAAGAACAUUUUGUGCAAUUAAAAGGUUCCAUAAAAGGUAAAGGUUCUUAAUGGAACCAUUAAAAAAAACUUUAUUUUUAAGAGUGUACAUCUGCAGGAAAUCACACUUUGACACAACAAGACCAUGCAAAUACAUCUUAAGGUAUAUCUUAAUUUCUUAAGGUUGCUAUUUUUUGCAACAUCGCCAGUUUAACUGGUUCACCCGCCAGCUUUGUUCAAGCCAGCUUGAUCUCCUUAAGCUGGUAGCUGUUUCUUUGUGGUUUUCUGACUACCAUCUUCAAAAAAACAACCAGCUUAAGCUGUAUUUUCCAGUAUGGCCAUUAUUCCUGUACUCAAUGCAAGUUACUGACUGGUCAUUAGACUCUAAUUCAGUUCCUACUUGAAGUCAUGCAUUACCUUAAAGUUUGAUAUAUGAGUCGGUGGAACAUCGCUGCCUCCUGCCUCCUUUUUUUGGCAGGCAGGUUGUUGGCUCCAUCAGCUUUUAUAUGGCUUUAGUAGCGUGCAUCUCCCCUGGAGCUGUGCUUUCCAUUAAAUCAGGCAGCGAAGCAUAUCAUUGGCUUCUGGAGUUGCUGGCAUGCUAGUGUUUAAUGCACAUCAUAGGUUGAACGUUCACUCGUGGGGCACUUCGCUGAUGUUUGUUCUGAUAUUAGCCUACUUGAGAGAACCUGAUGAGAUCAAGAUAAGAUCUCUGUCUGUCUGCGGGAAAGCGCUGAGAACAGACUCGCUUGUGUUUAUCCCAGGCUUUGAUUCUUAACACAGAGCAGAGAAGUUGGCAGACAUCAAAUAGAGAGAGUUGGGAUGACAAUACAAUAGAAUUCUGAGUGAUUGACGCUUCUCAGGGGGUGGUGAUUUGAGUAUAAUAUAUCGAAAACGUGGCUAUAUUUUCAUAAAAUGAUAAAUUGAUUGGUUGUCCUAAUGUGUUCUGAGAAUAUAAGUGUAAGGGAAGGCAAUUUACCAUGUGUUUCACAUAUAAACCAGACGCCCUGUGCUUGGCAUCUACAAGGAGCCUAUGCAUCAAUCAAUCAGUAAGCUUCUAAAACAAUUGAAGUUAACAGGUGGAUGGAGUCUUGAAUCGGUUCCCUGGAAUGUGCCAAAGUUGCCAUACAUAAAACACCUUCACAUUAAAAUGUCCAUUUAAAUGGUUAUAAAUACACUUGUCAGCCAGAAAGUGUAUCAGAUGAAAAGAAAACUUGUUUGCAAUAUAUUCACAUACUAAAAAAACUCCA